CAACCACAAACACAGCCACGACCACGACCACGACCACCACAACGACCACCACCUCCUCCACCACCACCACCAUUUGUCUCGGCGACAGUGACCCAACUAGAACCUGACUGGACGGCUGUGAGGCACGACCACCAGUGUCAUCACAUCAUCACAGCACCUCUGGGCCCCGCGUCGGACCACUCCCAGGGCUGCACCUGCAAACGACGACCGACGCAACAAGUAGUGAGGAUUUCUUCGCAGGCCCUUCCGACUUUUUACCAAGCGGCCUUGGCGCUGAGCUAGGACAUUUCGUCUGCCGCCCGCUGCGAUCUCCGUCAACCACGCGCCGACAUCCACCAGCAUCAGCUUCCCAUCUGCACUGCACAUACGCCCAGACUACUCGUCGUCGUCGUCGAGUACGGCGCGCACUGCCUGUACAGUACUCGCAUCGUUCAAUUGUCGCCUGCUAUCGUGCUGCGCUGGAUCCUGUCUGCCUCUCUCCACACCACGGUGAAAUUCCUCCACAGCGGCAUCAGCCAGUCGGGACGCGCUUCCGAUGAAUGCGCUUCACCACUACUGAGCAUACUCUGUAGUGCCCCCCGCUGGCAGUCCCCACCACCUCCCGCCAGUUCCAUAAGCAGUAUGGAUACCAACCAGUAUCAACAACACGCCUACGCGUAUGGCCAGAGCAAUGGGCACAACACCAACUCGCCUGCCGCCCAGCAGCAACAGCAGCAGUCGUCUGCGCCAGGCCAAGCGCCCACUCUUCCACCUCUUCAACAGCAAGCCGGUCAGAAUCAGAAUGGCGGCUACUCUUUUGGUAACCUGUCCUAUGGCCAGCCCGGUAGCCAGUCCUCGACGCCAACGACACCGCACAACCCUUCGAUGCCAGGCGCGCAACAACAGCCGCAUCCGUAUCCUCAGCACAUGUCUCCGACUGCUACGACAGGCAGCAUGGCACCACCCUCCGGCUACGCGAACCCGUACAACCCAGCUUUGCUGUAUCCAUCGUCGAGCGCAUCAGCCAUGCCGGCCACCACGUCCGCCCUGCUGCCGAACAUUCGUCCCAUGCCACCAGGUGGUAUGAUGCAGGGCAAUCUCCCGAGUCUCGCACAAGCAGGUCAGCAGCUGGGUCAGAUGGGACAGGCUCCAUCAUUCAUGCAGGAUGAGCAGCAGCCCACUCAUGUCGUGGGCUCCCAGGGACGACGUGGCAUACUCCCCAGCGCUCCAGGCAGGCCCAACCCGCCAGCUCAAGGUACGGGUACGGCUGCGAAGAGCAUGAUACCCCAGAAGGACGCCGACGGCAAGUAUCCAUGCCCACAUUGUAACAAGACCUAUCUGCACGCGAAGCACUUGAAGCGUCACCUUCUUAGACAUACUGGUGAUCGUCCGUACAUGUGUCAUCUGUGCAAGGAUACGUUCUCUCGCUCGGACAUUCUCAAGCGACAUUUCCAGAAGUGCUCGUUACGAAGGGGCAAUCCGACUGGCGCUAAUCACCUCGCCCAUCAGCGGCGAAACACGAACAAUGGAAGCAGGCUGUCCAUCAGUCAGCAAGAUGGCCCAAUCGGCCUAGCAGGUAUGCCUGAUGUGAAUGGCGCGAACAACUCGUACAAUGCCAACGUUGUGGGUAGCAGUCCCAAUAAUGUCAAUGGAGACCUAUCUGCCCGAUCCUCAAGAGCCAACAGCUUAAUAGGCACUGGCAACCUGAGUCAGCGCACCAGUCUUGCUGGUCUGGGAAUACUUGGCUCGAACACGCAAGGGGCGGACCAAGGCCACCAAACGUCUGCCCCUUAUCAACCUGGCAUCCACACGUAUGCCAUGCAAAACGCCCAGCAUGCCCAGAACGGCAGUCACUUGCAACACUCGUAUCCCUUUCAGCAACCACCACAAAUGAACGGCAAUGUCUAUCACGGACACCAAGCUCAGCAGCAACAAGAGCAACAGAUGUCUUUUUUAGGCCAGCAGAGCUCGCGCUUCGCCAACAGCCAGGUGAACAACCAUCAGCAGAUGCCAAGCACUAGUGGUAACGGUGUCGAUUGGACCCGUGUGUUUACACAAGGUGGCCAGGAUGGCUUCAUCGGUAGCCAUUCUGCGAACGCGAGCUCGCAAGGAAAUACUCAAAUCAAAACCGAACCAGACACGAAGCAAGACUACUCCGUAUCCCAUGACUUUAACAACGAGUCUUUUUUAGGUAGUCUUUACUCUCACCCGGGUGGCUUUGGAGGUGAGAUGACGGAUCACGGGAUCCCUGGAUUUCCCAAUUGGGGCAUGAACGACCCCCUUCAGGCCAAGGUCGACAGCCUUCUCCGACACUGUUUCCCCAAUGGCGUUGAACAUCUACAGAAUCAUCAGGCAGCUCUGCUGUUGCAAAGUGUUCUGAAGGUCGACAGGCUCAAGCACUUCGCCGAGCACUACACGUCGUUCCAUGGACAUUGGCCAAUCUUGCACAUGCCCACCUUCAAAUUGACGGACGCGAAUAACAAUCUUGUCCUUGCGAUGCUUUGCAUAGGCGCCGUGUACAGCCCGGAAAUUGGCGUUCAUCAGACUCGCCAGCUCAUGGAGUUUGUCAAAGCUACUGUCUACGCAAACUGCAGCAUUUACACUCGCACUGUGAAUGGUCAGACCGAAGGCCUUGGCGACCAGGCAUCUGAGGUGGAGGAGCUGCAAGCACUGUCAAUGCUGCAGACCACUUUCACGUGGCAUGGGGAUGCAUCGCAGAGGCAGAGUGCACGGGCCGAGUUCCCCAUGCUGGUGCGCAUCGCCAAAGCCAUGAAAUUGUGCGACUCUGCCCCUGUUGGCCACCAGUCCUACAGCUUCUUGCACAACACUCGACAGCCGCAAGCAAACCGGUAUCAGACUCAGAACUGGAAUUGGCAGUCUUGGCUUGAGCAAGAGAAGCGCAAUCGUGUGCUGUACCAGAUUAUGGUCACUGACGCCGCAGUGGUGAUGUUCUUCAACCAUACGCCGAUGUUUGAUCCUCUCGAGAUUCACCUGAUGCUUCCCGCGGAUGACGCUGCAUGGGAUGCUACCAGCUCCCAAGAAUGUGCCAACGCCCUUGGCCUCAACGGAUCGCAAGCGCAGAGCAAGAACGUCACUGGUACUCGGAAGUCGGUGCAGCCGAGCAUGCACGACGCCAUGCGCACACUGCUCGACCCGUACGCGUCGUUUCCACUGGGAGCAACCAAUGCGUACUCCAAGUUCAUGCUCAUACAUUCCCUCAUCAUCCGCAUUUUCAACUGCCAGAGGGCAUUGCUUGGACCAGACCAGCCAUUGCAGCCAUUCACCUUGAACCUGAACGGCAGUGGCCCCGCCACUCCACUGUCGCAGAACGACUGGUUAGAGCAGCACAACGGUGGCAGCAGUCGCCCGCAUAGUGCCGAUAACAGCGGCCAAGGCACACCGACUGAGACACACAGUCCCAAGCAGCAGAAUGCGUCAGCGGCACAACAGGAGAAGAAGCGUCUGGGCCAAGCUCUCGAAAAGUGGAAACGCAGCUGGGAUAAUGACAUGGAGCUUCAGUACCCACCUACCGAUUUCCACCAGCGUCGAUUCGGUUUCAGCCGUGAUGGCGUUCACUUCUUCUUUAUUGGUCGCAGCUUCUUGCAGUCCCAGCUAGCAUCCGACUUUACACUGCCUGCCGACAUGCGCUUCAAGCGCGUGAUGACCUUGCUCAAGCGCAUCAAGAGCAUGGUCGUUGGCGACAAUGAGAACAAGGGUCACGACGUCGGCUCCGUCGGCGACAUUGACGACCAAUACGGGCUCGACAAUCUCACUCUCGACAUGAAGUUGCUCUUCAAGCCGUACAACAGCCAGCUCGACAGUCCUGUAGCUGGUGUGCAAACACAAUCUGUUUAGCUUCAUGAGUGCAUGCAUACCUUUUGCAUUUUACAGAGCGCAUAAAAGUCCAGCGGCAUGGAGGCCUUCAUGUUCAAGGCAUUGACGAGACAUGAGCGUCGACACACUAGACGGCGUUUUUGCUUCAGACGCGCGAACGAAAGCGAUUUGCUUCAUUUGCUUUUUUUAACAAUAACAACAACAACAAGUACCUGAUACGGAGGCUACAGUGAUACGACGCAAGACAGAACAUAACGAGACAUAGACCAUAGAAGGAGCGUGUGUGGGUGGUGCCAGACCUAGGCCAUGACGGGCCUGUACCCGCGAAGAUCAAAAGAGGCGUUUUCAAUCGGAGCAUGGCUACCUACUGUUCCUAUACGUGCAGUAGCAAAGCGAUGGGCGGUGGGAUACGAGUUUCCAACGAAAGCAUGGCGGUGAGGCGAAAGAGGAAUUGUGCUACUAGUAUAGUCUUUUAUGGGCCGCUGAGAGGGAUGGUGCUGGACGGAUGUGAUUAGAACGUUGGGCGCAAGCUUCACGAACUGAGGUCUUCUGACGCCUUUUGACACUGAUAUGCACUUUGCUUCUACAUGGCGAAUCCACAGCGGGUGACAUGGGAGGAACGGGGCAGAGGCUAAGUGUGUUAUAGCAGCUACAAUUGAAAUGGCAGUACCAUGAACAGGAACGAUGUUACAGGAGAAUCAAGCAAUUGCUCGUAGGUAGGAGACGAAGAGUGCA